AUGAUGAAGAGAUUCACUAAACAAAGAAGCUUGGUGAAACCUGCAAUUGCUACUGCUUUCUUGACUUUGGCUAGGAUGUAUGAGCAAAAAGGCAAUUUGAAGAAGUUGUUUGGUUCAGAUGAGUACACUAGCAGUGCCUAUGGAAGGGAAGCUCGAGGGAGAGAAUCUGCACAUAUUAUACUUUCUACUUCAUUCUGGAACAAUGUGGUUCAUGCAUUGAAGAUUGGUGGUCCUUUAGUUAAAGUGCCACCAAUGGGCUACUUGUACGAAGCAAUUGAUUGGGCAAAGGAGGCUAUUCAAGACUCUUCUAGUGAUCAAAGAAAAUACAAAAGAGUCUUUGAGAUCAUAGAUAAAAGGUGGGAUAGUAAGCUUCAUAGCCCUUUGCAUGCAGCUGGACUUGUUUUGAACCCGGAACUGUUUUAUGCCAAUGAAGAGAGGAUUCUAGGAGAUGAACCUUUGUGGAGUGGAUACUAUGAAUGCAUUGAGAAGUUGAUACCUGAAGAAUCCGUGCAAGAUAAAAUCACAGAGCAAUUUAGUAUUUAUAGGAAUGCUGAACAACUUUUUGGAAAAAACAUGGCCAUUAGACAAAGAACGACAAAGUCACCAGUCUUCAUUAAGUACAAUAGAACAUUGAGGCGUCGUUACAACGCUCGCAAUGUAAUUGAUCCAAUUAGUUUGGACAACAUCGAUGAUGCUAAUGAAUGGCUAACUGGAGUCCCGGAAGAUCAUGCAGAUGGAGAAGUAUUUGAUGAUACUUCUGGUAUCACUUGGGGUGAUGUUGCGGAGGCGCGUGGAAUUGGGGAGAGGAUUUAUGGUUUGAGGUUGAGGGGGAGUACCUCAACUUCAAGUUCACAGAGGAAGGGAAAACAGGCAGCUACUUCGUCUGUAGUUGAUGAAGAAGAUGACGAGCAAUAUAAUAAUGAUAGUGGAAUACAAGAAUUUGACAAUCUUGUAGAAGAAUAG